AUGGCGCCAGCGAACGCUCCGGCUCGCGAGCUGGACGGCGGUUCCGGCGCGGGCGCUGGCUCGGGUGGCAGCGGUGGUAGCAGCGGCAAAGGCGCCGGCGGCAAGGGCAGCACCACAGUUCCGGGCCGCAUCGGCCGGCCGCCGCAAUGGACAAGCACGCGCUCGCGGAAGCUGGUGCGGCUGUACAUGUACUCAACACUCUCCGUCGACAAGAUCCUCAAAGUCUUGGAAGACGACGUGUUUAAGCCAAGGUAA